CCAUCAUGAAGGUUGCCGUCAUUGGAGGCGGGCCAUCGGGCCUCGUCACCCUGAAGUACCUCGUGGCUGCGCAUCAUUUCCAGUCGGUGGACCCCAUUGAAGUCCAGCUCUUUGAAUCGGAAGAUCGAGUGGGGGGUACGUUUACCUAUCGUACCUACGAUAGGGCCGAGCUUGUCUCGUCCGCCCAGUUGACCACCUUCUCCGACUAUCGCUGGCCGGACAAGGACGUCGACUACCUCUCCGCAGUGGAGUACGUCGACUACCUGGAGGGAUACUGCGAGCGGUUCGGGCUCUGGCCGCAUAUCCACCUCUCGACGAGAGUUGACAAGAUCGAGCGCACGGGCAAGGGGGGCCACCGCGUCACGUUCUCGCACGGGGGCGAGACGCGCACCUGGGACUGCGAUGCGGUCGCAGUGUGCUCUGGGCUGCAUGUCAAGCCCAACAUCCCAUCCAUACCAGGACUGGACCGCGUGCCGGUGGUCUUCCACUCGUCUGACUACAAGCAUGUGCAGCAGCUGGGCAAGGACACCAACGUGAUGGUACUCGGGGCCGGGGAGACGGGAAUGGACAUUGCGUACUUCUCGGUAACGGCUGAUGCGACCAAGUCCACAACCGUAUGCCACCGCAAUGGAUUUGUGAUCGGAUCCAAGAGACUACCCGAGAUCAAACUAUUCGGCUGGCCGAUCUACAAGGAACCAGGGAAGGCGCUUCCCGUUGACGUCUAUCGGCCUUACCUCUUCAUGACCUCGUAUGUCCAUCCCAAGCUCCGGGGGGCAGCACAGUCCAUUCUGAUCCGAUGGACGGUCUCGGCUCUUCACUGGCUGACGACUGGUACUACCCGGGGAUUCGACCAAUGGGUGGGAGCUCUUCCGGGAAAUAAAUAUGAUGAGUCCCAUUAUUUCUACUGUAAGUCCACCAAGGCCAUGCCAUACAUCAGUGCCCCCUAUCGAUCGAAGAGCUGGAUCCACCGUCUCCGAUCCAGCAUUAUCCAGGCCGUCGUGCCAGACACCGGCUCGCGGACGAUUGACCUGGCUCCCUGGCCGGAGUCCAUCGAUGAGAAUGGGGUCGUGCACUUCGAGAGCACCAGCCGGCCGGAGGGCCAGACGAUGCUCCAAAAGGAACCAUGUAAGCCCGACGUAGUGGUCCUAGCAACCGGAUACACCCAGUCUUUCCCGUUCCUGGAUUCUCAGUAUUGCACUCCCGAUCAGGCCGACCAGCGCGGAAUCUGGCGGACAGGCGACGAAUCCGUCGGCUACAUUGGCUUCGUGCGGCCCAGCUUUGGCGCCAUCCCACCACUGGCCGAAAUGCAAGCCCAGGCCUGGGUGUUGAAGCUCCUCGGCCGCCUCCCGGGCCCUCUCGAAGAAGACAACACCUACCGUCUUUUCAGCAAUCCCAGCGGACGAAUUGAAUACGGAGUGGACCACGACUUGUUCGCUCACCGACUGGCUUUGGAUAUAGGCUCGUCCCCCUCCUUCUUGCAAGCCCUCGCCCACGGUUGGAAGGUGACUUUAUUCUGGGCCUUGGGGGGAACAUUGAACACGAAGUUUCGCCUCGCCGGCCCGUGGGUAUGGCCCGGGGCGUCGGAUGUAAUCUGCAACGAGCUUCUGGACUCCGUCACCGGACGGAGAUCGGUCUUCGAAUUGGUUUCCCAGUUUAUUACCACCAUGAUCCUAAGCGGUAUCCCGAGCCUGCUUUUCUGGUUGGGGGAUCAGCUUGUGGCCCUCUUCACCGAGACUUUCAGCUUACUGGGCAAGCUUGUUGGUAUUUCGGAAUCCCAGAACAAAGAGAAAAGCGUUUGAAUACAUACGCGAGCGUUCGACUUCACACGCUUUGGAGAUGGCCGAAAACCUUAGUGGAUGGGACCCCCUUGCCUCCGAAGGAAUCGAAAUCCAUGUCAUUGAGUGAAAUAGUCGGGGAGGGCUUUACUCACUGUAUCAGCUGCUUAGGAGAGAGACGUUGAGUCCAUGCGAAGCCACACGGAUGUUUAACCUUUGUAUGUAAUCACAAGCCAUCGACUUGGUGGAAUAACUUUGUCCUCUGCACCACGUGCGUAUGUCCG